AGUACCUUAACGGCGAAUCUGAUACAUUCAAUGGAAGACGGUUUUGUUUGUUAAACACAAAGGGGAGGAAGAAUCUUGUCUCUACAGAGAAGGUUGCUUGUGAUGCCAAUGACUGGAAUAGCGUGAUCUCUUCCCUCCAUCAGCCAAGAUGUCAAAAAGGCCAUCCUAUGCCCCUCCCCCUGCCCCAGCCCCUACAACACAAAUGCCCAGCACCCCAGGGUUUGUGGGAUACAACCCAUACAGCCAUCUGGCAUACAACAACUACAGACUGGGGGGCAACCCAGGCAGCAACAGCCGGGCAACGAAUUCUUCAGGGAUUACAAUUCCAAAAGCCCCUAAACCUCCGGAUAAGCCAUUGAUGCCCUACAUGAGAUAUAGCAGAAAGGUUUGGGACCAAGUGAAAGCCUCGAAUCCAGACUUGAAGCUAUGGGAGAUUGGGAAGAUUAUCGGUGGGAUGUGGAGAGACCUCACUGAGGAAGAAAAGCAGGAGUACUUAAAUGAAUACGAAGCAGAAAAGAUUGAGUACAACGAGUCGAUGAAAACCUACCACAACUCUCCAGCCUACCUGGCCUACAUCAAUGCCAAGAGCCGGGCGGAGGCAGCCUUGGAGGAGGAGAGCCGGCAGAGGCAGUCUCGCAUUGAUAAGGGGGAGCCCUACAUGAGCAUCCAGCCAGCAGAGGACCCUGAUGACUAUGAUGAUGGGUUUUCUAUGAAGCACACGGCGGCAGCUCGCUUCCAGCGGAACCACAGGCUGAUCAGCGAGAUCCUGAGCGAGAGCGUGGUGCCGGAUGUCCGGUCCGUGGUAACCACAGCCAGGAUGCAGGUGCUAAAGCGGCAGGUCCAGUCCUUGAUGGUCCACCAGAGGAAGUUAGAAGCAGAGUUGCUCCAGAUUGAAGACCGCCACCUGGAUAAGAAAAGGAAAUUUUUAGAGACCACAGAUUCAUUCAACAGUGACCUCAAGAGGCUGUGUGGGAUGAAGGUUGAGGUGGACAUGGAGAAGAUCGCUGUGGAGAUCACAUCUGCGGAGGAAGCAGCUCGAAAGAGGCAGGAGGAGCGUGAGCGGGAGGCUGUGGAGCAGGCAGAGAGGGCAGCGCUGGAGGAAGACCGGCAGGCAGCCAGAAAGGAGGAAGAAGCAGUAGAGGACGAGGGGGAGGAGGAGGAGGAGGAGGAAGAAGAAGAAAUGGGGGAGAAGAAAGAGGAAGAGCCGGAAGCAGAGCCCAUGAAGACAGGUGAGCCCCGGACAGAGGAGGCCUUGGAGAGCCAACAGAACAGCGAGGAGGGGGCCUCCACUACAGAAGACAAAGAGAGCGUGCCGGAGGGGGUGGACAGCAUAGUUGAAGAGGGCACAAGCGACAGCAACACCGGCUCUGAAAGCAACAGUGCCCCCCCUGAAGAACCUCCCGCAGAGUCUGGACCUGAUGAGAAAGAAUAGAAGAUUGUACUGCUCGAUUUAAUACUGUUUUUUUUUUUUUUUUUUUUUUUUUUUUAAUUUUUUAAAAACUUUUUUGUAUGCUUUUUAAUAAAUCUGUAGAUGCCUGACUUCCUUCCUUUUUUUAACCCCAGUUACUAAGAAGUGUUCGCUAUGUUCGCUCAUUUACCUUCAUGACUGUAUUCUACGUUUCCUAAUAUCCCACUUUACACUUUGAUUUUUAAAACAUUACGCUUUUGGUCAAAAGAUCUGUCAGUUUGCUGCUAUUAACAUCUGAAGUGUCAGUGCACUGACAGUUGCGUUGUCUAGAAAUUCCUAGCCUUCCUUGAGGGAGCACUUCUCGGCCUAAAGUGGUUCUGUCAAUUAAAGGAUUUGUCAAACUAAUCUCUUGCACGCCUUCUCAAGAUCUGCAAAGGCAGAUGGGCAAGGAGUGUUUUUUUUUAAUUAAAUUUG